CGUGGUAUCGUUUGAGUAUCGUCAAUCUUUUGGUAACCUGACAGAAUGGCUGACCGAAAAUUGCAGAAGACAGGCUUAGUAGACCGGCCCUUGAGCAAAGGGAAAGGCGAGAUUAACAUUAGCACCUUUGCCUUGCUAUUCUCUGAAAUGGUUCAAUACUGUCAGAACAGAGUUUCGUCGGUGCCAGAACUACAGAGCAAGCUGUCUGAUUUGGGGCAGCACGUAGGAGUUCGAAUUCUGGACUUGCUUUUCAUCCGAGAGAGAGGAUUGAAAAGGGAAACCAAACUGCUCAACAUCUUGCUCUUUAUCAAAUCUAAUGUUUGGAAGGUUCUCUUUGGAAAAGAGGCAGAUAAAUUGGAACAUGCAAAUGAUGAUGAAAGAACUUAUUAUAUCAUAGAGAAGGAGUCUGUUAUCAACAGGUUUAUUUCAGUGCCAAAGGAUAAAGGUAGUCUGAAUUGUGCUGCCUUUACAGCUGGUAUCAUAGAGGCUAUACUCAACGGAUGUAACUUUCCUGCAAAGGUGACAGCUCAUUGGCAUAAAGGAACCACAUAUAUGAUCAAGUUUGAAGACUCUGUCAUUGCUAGAGACAAAUCACUGGAACAACGCUAGUCCAUCCAAGAACGAGAACUACAAGUAUUUACCAUGAACUUUCCAGGAGCAUGCUAUAAAGUGGAGCUAUUCAACAUUCACAGACUACUCCUCUCCUUGAUGGUGGUUGCAGUAUAUUUCAGACAACAAUUAAUUGGCUCUUUUGACAGUUGUCUUUGGGUGCAAGGAAAGGAUUAAUGAUAGACAAUGAUGAUUUACCAAGAACGGAUACAAAUGAUAGACGAAGAGGAACUCAACAUCUAUGGUAUUGAGUGGUUGUAUGCAUCAUAAGACAGAUUAAGUUAGGAUAUUGGCAGCAGCAGCAGCAGCAGUAGCCAUCUCUAUUCAAUGGACAUGCAUAAAGGGUAUAUGGAAAAUGCCAGGUUUUUUAUCAAAGCAUAUUGAAUUGAUUGAAUUGAAUUAAAUUCUUUUAUUAAAAAGAGAACAUCACAUGCAGCUCAAAGCUGAUAUUGUAUGUUUUCCAAAGUAAGCAGAUAUUUACAUUAUAGUAAUACCAUCAUCAAAAUACAAAAGCGAUAUAACAAAAAAAUAAUGGUAGGAGGGUAUGGCAUCAGAUAACUGACUGAGAAAAUGAGAGAGAGGUUUAUUUCAGGUUUUGUUCUGUAGAAAGAUACAUUUUCAAGGUAUAAAACUAUCAAUUUGAUCCACUCACAAAAGUUUUCUAAGCUUCUAAUUUUACACUAUUACUAGUUAUUUGUGGAACUAUUUUGUUUAUUAAUUAUGUUGAGGAAAUGCUAUUGAAAAGUUUGAGCUUGUGAGGGGGAAGAGACUUAGCUUAUGAUAUAUCUACAAUGCAUAUUGGAAAUAUAUUUUGCAGUAAAGAUUUUGUAAAUGGUGUUAUGGAAAAUACCAUGUUUAAUGAAUAAUUCUAGUUAUAGACAAUUGGGAGAACAUUUAUAUUUGGAUUACAUACAAAUAGGAUAUAAUGUAAUUUUACAAAAUUUAAACAAAAAUGAGGUCCUUUCGAUUUCUUCUGCUUCUCGGAACAGUUACUGGUGAUUAGAUCUAAAGCACAUUAUGAUUGCUGCUAUCAUUAUUAUCAUCAUUAUCAUGAUUGUAAGUGACCUAGCGAUAUAAUAAAGUGCAAUAUAAGUCCCCAUGUUAUUGUAGAGCUUAAACUUUUUAUGUAAAUGUAAGUGCACUUUGUUUAAGAUGCCAUUUCAUGUUUGAAAUUAUAAUUAUAGCAUAGUUAAUCCAUACUACAUGAAAAAAAAAACAUGUUUCUUUUAUCAACAUGUACCACAUUGUGAUUGCAUGAUUAUAAAAUCUGCCAUAACAUGCAAAUAAUUUAUUGUAGAUUUGACACUGUAAUCAGAUGGCUAUACAAAAAAUGAUAUAAAGCUCUUGUUUGUUUGAAUGAUUGUGAUGUUUUGGGGAAUUUAUGAUGUUGAUAAUCCCUAUGUAAUUAGUUGAAUAUUAUGAUAGACAAUAUUUGUUAGUAAUUGAUGGUAGGUGGUCAAGUUCACUUUAAAAGUUAGAAUUGGCUAUGGCUUUAUUAGUGUCAUGUUGUCUGUUUAGAGCCGGAAGGAUGUUAACUCUUGUAUUUACUAAGAUAGAGCUUACACCCUUAUGACUCUUAGAAGAGGCUACCAGCUUUAGUUAGAGGAUUUUUGUAAUGUUUGUUUUAUUGAAAAUAUAAUGUCAAUAAAUGUCAUGUAUUUAUGUCUGUGACGUUGAAACAUGAAUGUAUAACUUUUAUGCUUUAAUAAAUGACUAUACAAAACAGAA